UACCUAAUGACAGAACCAUUUCAAGAUUACAAACUACAUGCCUCCUAGCCCUGACCUGGAUGAUACAGAUCAGGUGGUGACUGAACAGAAGCUGCCCUAGUCCUGGGUCCAUGAUGUAUGCACCAGUUGGAUUUUCAGAAGCUGAAUAUCCACGAGUUGAAUAUCAAAGGAGACAGCAAUUUUGGGACCCUAUAAGGCUUGCUCUUUUUACCUUAACAAUUGUAGCAAUCAUAGGAAUUGCAAUUGGUAUUGUUACUCAUUUUGUUGUUGAGGAUGAUAAAGCAUUCUGUUACCUUGCCUCUUUUAAAGUCACAAACAUCAAAUACAAAGAAAAUUAUGGAAUGAAAUCCUCAAGAGAAUUUACAGAAAGAAGUCAUCAGAUUGAAAGAAUGAUGUCUAGGAUAUUUCGACGUUCUUCUGGAGGAGGUCGAUUUAUCAAAUCUCAUGUUAUCAAAUUAAGUCCAUAUGAAGAAGGCGUGAACAUUUUUAUGGUGCUGAUGUUCCGGUACCCAUCCAGUGAUAGUGUUGAACGAAUCAGGAAGAUAGUUGAAAGGACUUUAUACCAAAGUCUGAAGAUCAACCAGUUUCCUUUGACUAUAAGUAAACCAUCAUUUAGACUCACACCUAUUGACAGCAGAAAGAUGAGGAAUCUUCUCAACAGUCGCUGUGGGAUAAGAAUGACACUUUCAAACAUGCCGUUACCAGCGUCAUCCUCUACUGAGAGGAUUGUGCAGGGAAGGGAAACAGCUAUGGAUGGGGAGUGGCCAUGGCAGGCCAGCCUGCAGCUCAUCGGGGCAGGCCACCAGUGUGGAGCCAGCCUCAUCAGCAACACAUGGCUGCUCACAGCCGCUCACUGCUUCCGGAAGAAUAAAGACCCAAGUCAAUGGAUUGCUACUUUUGGUACAACUAUAACACCACCCGCAAUAAAACGAAGUGUGGGAAAAAUUAUAGUUCAUGAAAAUUACUAUAGAGAUACAAAUGAUAAUGACAUUGCUUUGGCUCAGCUCACUAACAGAGUUGAAUUUUCAAAUGUAGUUCAGAGAGUUUGCCUUCCAGAUUCAUCUAUGAAGUUGCCACCUAAAACAAGUGUAUUUGUCACAGGAUUUGGGUCCAUUGUAGAUGAUGGACCUACACAAAAUAAACUUCGGCAAGCCCGGGUAGAAACCAUAGGUACUGAUGUAUGCAACAGAACAGAUGUAUAUGAUGGUCUGAUAACUCCAGGGAUGUUGUGUGCUGGCUUCAUGGAAGGAAAAGUAGAUGCGUGUAAGGGUGAUUCUGGUGGACCUCUGGUUUAUGAUAACCGUGACAUCUGGUAUAUUGUCGGUAUAGUAAGUUGGGGACAAUCAUGUGCCCUUCCCAAAAGGCCUGGGGUCUACACAAGAGUGACUAAGUAUCGAGAUUGGAUUGCUUCAAAGACCGGUAUCUAACAUGGGUGGUUUGUGAUUUACAUCCAUGGCCUGUGGAGCUGAAACUCCUCAUAUUGUAUAUUAUUUAAAUUCCUAUGUUUGGAAUCAGUGCUUUUGUUAGAUGUCAAAAACUCUUCAGGACUGGACCAGUGUAAUAUGAGGCAGCCUUUGUGUACAUAUGACCAAACUGUCCCUCUGACAUGAAGAAGACACAGCAAAUGACAGAUACCACUGAUUUCUCACUCAAAAGGGAAACUGUGAUACUUGUUAAUAAAUGAAUGCCUGGAGAUGCCUUCCCUCUAUUGAAGAUGAGGAGCAUCAUUUUCUACAGGGUAUGAGGAGCUGCCAGGCUAUCACAUUCUUACCUCACGUAAUACCUGGAGCAACUGGGGUUCUUCUGGUGAAAAUCAAAUGGCAGUCUUUCCUGAAAAUUCAGGGCUUCCAUAUUCUGGAACUGAUGACUGCACAUUUAAUGGACAGAAUGGAGGACCGUAUAAUCUUCAAUGUAACUUGAACUCACACCUGGGUUUAUAUCCAAUAGUACAGGACACUAUCAUUAACCACAGGCGUUGUCAUUUAUUUAAAUAUUUCUGAACUUGCCAUUAACACUGUGUUAUGUACUCAACGCUAACUUCAGGAAGCUUGUGUUGCAAGAAGCGUUUCUGAGUUAUUCUGUAAUAGUAUCUUGUCACCCAUACAUCAAUUCUAGUCAGCCCUGAAAAAAGAGAAAGAAGAAUCCUGGGAGCAUAUGUCCAUGAGUAAAAGAAGGAUAAAAAGCAGGGAACGAUUACUAACACAGUUUGUUGCAAAUGAUUAUUAAUAGGAAAAACACUCUAAAUUUUUGAUGGAAUGAGCUAUCCAGUCAUUUAUUUAGAAAUGUCUAUAUCAGAAUAUGACAAGUGGUGCUUUUGUUAAGUUUUCAGCUCUCUGAGAAGUCAGAUGUCUAUCACAGUGUCAAGUUGGGAGAGCUGUUUUGUGUAAAACACUCAGAACAGAGCUGGGCUUGUGUUGAGUGCUAAAUAGCUGAUCAUCUGUUGUCAUGCUCUUGACUACAGAGAGCCUCUGAACUCACUUUUAACCCUCAAAUAUGAGACCUCAAUUUGUUGCUCUGACUUUUCAGAGAAAAAAAUCUUGCCUAUUCAUUUCUUUAAUGAUUGAAACUUUUGUUUCAUUACAUAUACAUAUUUUAUAUGUAAUAUAUGUACAAAAAAUAAAUAUAACUAAAAAUAUCCAAGUUGUAAUUUACAUCUCAACAAUAUAUCAUAAACACAGAAGGGUCAACCAUGCACACUUAAUCUUUUAAAAAGUAAAUUUCACCAAAUUCUAAGUUAAUGACUUGUAAUAACUAGAAAUGAUCAGGAAAAGGAGAGUUAAAAGCUUAAAUUCUUACACUUAUUUCAUUUACUUAAUUUAAAUUCUUAUGCCUGAAGAUAGCAAAAAAACAGAUAAAGCUUUCCGAAGAAUAUUUAGUACAUUAAAGAUGAGUUUGAUUGAUGUUGGACUUAUGUUAAAACUAAUAUAAUCUCUUUUGGUAGAUACAGGAAAGCAAAUCUGUCUACAAAAAAAAGUCACUUUUCCCUAUGUAAGUUCUAUAAUAAUGAAUAUAUGCUUUUAUGUAAUUUUAUUUAUAUAAGACUGUGAUAAUUUUUCUGUAUAAGUAUCUGUGAAACUAUUUAUACUGAUUAACUAUUUCUUCUCACUUCAAUUCAGUGACAUCUUAAUGCAAAUAAGAACAUGUAGUGGUUAAAGUGGAUUGCCAAUUUGAUUGGUUUUGGGAUCAACCUAGCAGUGAUAGCAAACAUUUUAGAGAUGAGUGCCCAAACUGCAAUACAUAACCCACUUAUUUAUCACAAAGUGUCAACUCUGUAAUUAAAUCUGAAUACUGAGGCUUUAGUUUAGAAAAUCCAACUCAUACAUAAACAUAUUUGUCUUAAAAGAAAAAUGAAUAACACACAUGCCAUAAGCUUGCCACCACUGGCCUAGCGGAUUAGUAGAGCACACUUCUGGAUGUGUCUGGAUGGGUCAUAGAGGUGUGUUAUUAGCGUCUAUAAAUAGUCACUUGUACUUUCCUCUGUGCUGUUGUUUUUCUGUGGUGCUUCCCUGCCAAUAUAAGCUAAGCAGCUUUCCUCUACUAUUCCCUUCCACACUGGUGUUUUUGUCUUGGAGUCUGCUGACCAUGGACUGAAUCCCCUGAAACCCUGAGCCAAACUAAACCUCUCCUUUAAGGUGUGGGUGUUCGGUAUUGUGUCUCACAAAUAGAAAACUAACAUAGGAAAUUUGUAUCAGAAAAAUAGGGCCAUGGCUGUGAUUAUGCCUGACCAUAUGGUUUAGAAGGCUUUAGAACUGGCCUAAGGGAGGUGUUGGGAAAAGUUUAGAGAUGCUAGAUGAGAAGCCCUAGACUGCUGUAACCGGAGGCAGAUGGGUAAUUCUGGUCAGAGCUCAGAUGACCACAAUGCUGACAGAAAGGCAGAAAGGCCAGGCUCAGGUUUCAGUUGGGAACAAGGAGUUCAUUGGCAAUUUGACUAGACCCCAUGUGUUUUACACUCUGGCAAGAAAAAAACUGACUUCAUUUUGCCCACAUCCUGUGACUUUGUGGAAGACUGAGAUAAAGCGUGGUGCACUAAUUGAUGUGGGACAGGAAAUUUCAAGACAGCCCAAUAUUCAGGCUGUGGCAUUAGUACUGUUAGCUGCUUUUAGCCAAAUUUAUAUUGAGAACUGAGAACAAAAAGUAAAGAAGAAAAAUUUGAAAAACUUAAAUUUUGGCCUAGAAAAAUCAUGUGUAAAGUUGAUGCCAAGAAGGUAUGAUUGUUCAAAAGAUUAGCAACAUUAAAAAAAAAGAAAAGACUGUACAAGAAUAAAAACAAAGAUGCCUUGAGGUAAUCAGAAAUUAGCAAGACCCAACCUAUCACAGGCACAAGAGUGAAAAAGUAUAAACCUUUCAUUUAAGAAGAGAGUUCCUGGGACACUUGCUUGAGGAAAGCUGCCUACAGAAUUGAUUCUUAGGACUCAUUUCAUUGUGUUCAGUCAUUCAGGCUGCCACAGCAUAGUCUGAGGGAGCCUGGUUAUGGCUUUUGCUAACAGAAGACCUUGAUGUCAUCUGUGUGAUGCUGGUUUUACUGGAAAGCAGAAUAUAAGAGCGGUGUAGUCAUGGAGAUGGCUUCCACCUAGAUUUCAAAAGAGAAUCUGGAAGACCAAAGAAGGAGCCCCCUGAGAGGACAGUUUUUGAAGUUGUAGGAGUAAAACCACAGGUGCAGUGGAAACACAAAUUUGGAGCUGGCAGAAGCAUGGAACAUCUGCUGAGGAAAAUCACAGCAGUGAACAAAGCCGGCCUAAGAGAGAAGUAAUCAAAACUAUAAGAGUUGGGUCACCCAAUCUCUCUGGAACAAACAUCUCACCAUUUUCUCUGGAGGCUGGAUAUGAAUCUAUAGGACUUUAUGUUUGCCCUGCUGGGUUUUGGUACUGCUUGGAUCUGAUUUUUUCUCUCUCUCCUUUCUUUCCUUUUUUAAUGGGAGUGUUUACCUAGUACCAUUGUAUGUUGUGGUAUGUAAACCUGUUUUUCUUUUCUGUUUUUCUUUUCUUUUUUUACAGGGAUUCACAACUAAGAGUUUGCCUGUGUCUCAUAGGAGACUUUAGCUUGGACUUUUAACAGUGCUGGGUGGGACUGCUCAGACUUUGGGGAAGGGACUAUUGUAUUUCAGUUAUAUGUUGGGUAGUUGUAUCACGUUAGGCAGAAUUAUGACCUGGUGUUUAUUUAGAGAUGAAGUGUAGUUUAAACAGGUGUGUUUGAGUGUCAAGUUGACAAAGGGUGGAAUGUGAUGGUUAAAGUGGAUUGUCAACUUAAUUUGUUUUGGUGUCUGCCUAGAGAAUUAUAAAGCACACUUUGUGGUAUUUCUGGGUGGAUAAUAGAGAUCUGACCUCAAGGUCUAUAUCUACUCCCUUACCUUUUUCUCUCUGGUGUUGUUCCCUUGCCCUACUUCUUUCCUGCCAUAUACUAAUAAUCUUUGCUUCACUAUGCCCUUCUACCAUGAUCUUUCAUUUUAGAACCAGCUGACCAUGGACUGAAUUCUCUAAAACUGUAAGCCAAAUUAAUCCUCUUCUCUUUUAAGGUGUGGGUACCAGUAUUGUGUCCCAGCAACAGGAAAACUGACCAAUACAGAAGAAAAAAUAUGGUCACAAGAAAAUCUAAGCAAUGGAAAAGUGGAUUUUUAAAACAGGAUUUCUAUCCUAUUUUAAGUUUGUUGUUUGACCUAUUAUUGAAUGAUGUUAUAGGAAUUAUAUAAUGUUUUACAUCAUAUUUUCCAUCUGUCAAAUGGGACAAUAAGCUAUCUACCUCAUGUCAUUUUUGUGAGGCUUUCCUGAUGAUAAUGAAGUUGAAAAGUCAAAGAAUGUUUAAGACUUACUAAAAAAUGCAAGGUUUACUGUAAAAUGAUAUCAAUACAAAUAAUGCUGAAAAUACAUUAAUGUUAUAAAGAAGUUUGUUUUAUGUUUUUACUGCUUUGUGGAUUUUUCAAAUAUACUUGUAGUUUAAAACUAACUGAUGAACAAAUAGUAGGUGUUACCUCUUAUGUGGUGACACUGUAAUAAUAUUCUUCAUUAUUUUCGUAGGGAAAAAACCAAACAAUUUGCCAGACUUUUUAAAGAGACAGAUCAUCUCUAUUGGGCUAAUUGUCAAUAAUUCGAAACAAAACUCCCACAUAAUCUUAGUGGAAUUUUGGGUGCUGAGAGAACUAAAGAGUUAAUUUAUAACACCAGAACAAAUUGGACCAAAAGUCUCUGCUGGUAGUUGACUAUCACUCAGUGAUAUCUUCAUCAUUCAGCAACAAUAAGAAAUCAAAAUGUAUUUCCGGAAUCUACUUUGCAAUUAUGUACACUUUUUUGUUAGUAUAUUUAUUUGUCAGAGAAAGGAUGUGUGAGAAGCAUUCUUUCAUGUAAUCAUGGAAAUGAAAAAUAAGCUUACUACAUAAGACUGAAAUUACUAGAUUCAUAGCUUUUAGGACAAGGAAUAAUUUAAGAGAUUAUCUACAUCAACCUCCUUUUUUGAGUAAAAGGAUAUCAAGGCCAAGAGUAUUUCUUCAGGGUUAUAUAGUGGGGUAUAACAGUGAAGGAAUAGAAUCCAGAAGUUCUUGUAUCUAGUCUGGUCUUUCUUCUGAUAUAUCAAUAUGAGUUACAGAGGUCCAGAGCCAGGAACACCACAGUUCUAGAAGUUCCUGAAAUUAAAUGACAAUUGACAAGAAAGUGCUCCUUCUAAGAAAAAUUUGAGGUCAGCUAAGCUCAUAUGAUAUUCACCAAGUUCUGUUGGUCCAGACCAGUUUAUGAUUAAGACAAGAACCUACUUAAAAGGCUACAUAAAGCCUUAAUACAGCUCAAAUCGGAAAUCUACACAAUGUUUUAAAAUGAGCAGCAAAAGCUUUUGAACCUUAUUAAAUUGUCAAUUUUUUUGUUUCUGAUCUUUUUAGUAAGUAAUCCAUUAAAAAAUCUGUUUU